AUGAAUAUAGACGAAGGAGAAAUACAAGAAAUGCUAGGAUGGGAGAUUGUGGAUCAAGGUCCAACCAUCUUUAAAGUCUCGGAAAUUUUACGAGAUGUCCAGCCUAACGCCUACGAGCCAACAAUCGUUUCACUGGGACCUUACCACCACGACAAGCCUCAGCUUAAAGCCAUGAACAAGUUCAAGUGGUUUUUGCUCAAGACAUGGGGAGACAGCGGGAGAUGCUUGAGGGACAGUGCGAGAGUCAUCGAAGAGAACGAGACCGAAGCGCGGAAUGCUUACUCGAAAGAAAAAAGUGGAUUCCAAUUGAUGGAAAACAAGAUCUUUAAGAGGUCGUGGAUGAUAGUGGCAAGAGACAUGUUGCUGUUGGAGAAUCAAUUGCCCUUCUUUUUGCUCGAGGCUUUGUUUCACAUAAAAUUCCCUUACAGACAAGGUAAGCUGAAAAAAUGGAUGGUUCGAUUCUUCAGUGGGUUUGUGAGUAAUAACAUAUCGCUAGUAUCUGUAUCUCACGAUGCAAGAAUUCACCACAUUCUCCAUCUUUUUUAUCUAUGCAUUAAGCCACCAGAAGCAAGUAGCGAUAUUGUUCCUCAACCCAAUAAUAUUGAUGAUCUGAGGUCGCUUUCGAGUGUGACUCGACUGGAGGAGACAGGUAUCAAAUUCAGGAGGAAGCAGAGGGCGACAUGUUUGUUGGGGAUCACCUUCAAGAAAGGGGUUCUGGAGAUCCCUCAAUUUGAGGUCGACGACAACACCAACAUUCUUUUCAGGAAUCUCAUCGCGUUCGAGCAGUGCUACAAUAGGAGCUCCGCCAUCGUCGACGGCUCCUUCGCGGCCUACGCUUCGUACAUGUCUUGCAUGAUUAGCACGGCUGCAGACGUCGAAAUACUCCAGCAAAAUAAGAUCAUCAUCAGAGGGAUUGGCAACAACAAACAAGUUGCCGAGUUCUUCAAUAAGCUUUGCAAGGAGGUGGUGGUCAACCACGGCAAAUGCUACGUUUCACAAAUCUUUAAGGAGGUCAACAAGUACAGUAGAGCCGAACGGAAUAGAUGGUGGGCGGAUCUAAAUCGCAGAUACUUUCAUAGUCCUUGGUCAGUGAUCUCAGUUAUUGCAGCUAUUUCGCUGUUUGCCAUUACUUUUACCCAACUUAUUUUCACUAUGCUAAAUUACUUUCAUGCUCAUAAACGUCGAUGCUGA